AUGGCCACCCUUCCUCCACUCCACAUGGCAUUUCUCCCAAUUCCACCAUACUUCCCGACCCUUACUUCUCCAGCUCACCCUUUUAGGGUGCCAAAUCCCCAGAAUCUAAUCUGCCAGCUAACGACAGGCCCCACUUUCAUGAGGUGUAUGAUUGCUGAUGAAAUGGGUCUAGGAAAAACAAUUCAAGCAAUUGCCAUAGCUUAUUUUUACAAAAAUGAAUGGCCUCUUUUAAUAGUUGUUCCUUCAUCUCUGAGAUACCCUUGGACAGAGGAGAUUGAGAAGUGGAUUCCAGAACUAGGACCACAUGAGAUCAUUAUUAUUCAGAAUAAAACUGAUGUUGGGAGAAUAUCGACCAGCAAAGUGACAGUUCUAGGUUACGGUCUGUUAACCACAGAUGCAAAGCUUCUAAUAGACACUCUAUACAAACAAAACUUUAAAGUUGUUAUAAUAGAUGAGUCACACUACAUGAAGUCCAGAAAUGCAUCCCGAAGCAAGAUUUUGUUGCCAAUAGUACAAAAUUCUAGAAGAGCCAUUCUUCUUACAGGGACUCCAGCUUUGGGAAGACCUGAAGAGCUUUUCAUGCAGAUUGAUGCACUCUUUCCAAAACAAUUUGGAACAUGGACUGAAUAUGCAAAAAGAUACUGUAAUGCUCAUAUCAGGUAUUUUGGUAAAAGAGCUCAAUGGGACUGCAGAGGUGCAUCAAACCUAAAUGAACUUCAUCAGCUAUUAAGUAAUAUAAUGAUAAGGAGAUUAAAAACUGAAGUUUUAACACAACUACCCCCUAAACUUAGACAACGUAUUCCAUUUGAUCUUCCAUCUGUAGCAGCUAAGGAAUUAAAUGCUAGCUUUGAAGAGUGGGAAAAAUUAAUCAGGGCUCCACAUUCAGGUUCCACUGAGACGGGUAGCCACUUUUUUCAAGCCAUGGGGUUGAUGACCCGUAUGUUUAAACAAACAGCUAUUGCUAAGGUAUUAUUUAAAUUUCUGUGUAAUUCUAUUUUCUUCUUAAUAAAGAUUUUUUAAAAUGAUUUUAUUAAUUUAACAUCUUAUUUUUAAGA